UGACUUGUUUAGGCUGUUGAUGAAGUCGGAACGGAGUGGUUGUUCCCAAAGUUGACUUGUUUAGGCUGUUGAUUAAUAGAGACUAGAGAGGCAGAAGUUAUCUCCCUCGUACAUCUCUCUCUCUAUCUCUGUGAAAGUUCACACACCCAAUCCUACAACCCAACACCUGUCAAGAUAUGCAAACUUCUGCAACUGCAAGCUCGUUCCUCCAUUUGUUGUGGAGUAGGAAGGAAUCAAGAAUUGAUGAUGAUUUGCUGCGGUUUGUUUUUGAGGAGAGAGCAGGACAUCAUGCGGCAGUUGGCGCUUCUGGAAUAGAAUCGAAAGUCGAGCAUGAGAUCUUGCCGAUUCUUAAAACCGAGAAAGUUUUCGGGAGGGAUUAUGAGAAGGAGAUGCUUUUGUCCAAAUUGUUGGACAAAAAAUUGGAACAGAUUCAGCUUUCUGUAAUCCCCAUUAUUGGCAUCCCUGGAAUCGGAAAGACAACACUUGCUCAACUAGUUUUCGAGGAAGAAGUUGUGAAGAAGCAGUUUGAAGUGCGAGCCUGGGUGAAAGUGGCCGGGCGGGGAAUCAGGCUGCAGCAUAUUGCUCAAGAAAUCCUAAAAUCUGCCACUGGUAUUUCAUGCCCGCUGGAUGACUUGGAGGACUUGGAUGAAAUGGUAAGAGACACUUUAAAAUGGCAAACGUGUUUAUUUGUGUUUGAUGAAAUACAUUCCAUGGCCGAAGGUUCCUGGCUACACAUGAACCAGAAAUGGUUUAAUGUUGUGGGUCUGGGGUCAAAGGUUUUAGUUACAAGCCAUAGCUAUGAUGUUGGAAAAAUUAUGGGCGGAAAACCAAUUGAGUUGAGAGGACUAUCUGAGCAUGCUGGUUGGUCUCUGUGUAGAGAUCUCGCAUUUGAUUCCUCAGAAGACGUAGAGAAUCCCCUGGCUGGAAAUCUUGCAGCCCUUUGCCAGGGUGUUCCCCUUUUGUUAAAACUUGUGGGAAGCUUGAUGAGAUAUGAAAAGGAGCUUUGUGACAUGAUUUGCUCUAUAAAUCUGUCAGAUGAUAAGAUAAUGCCUUCUGGGGCUGCAUCAAUUGUAGUUUUGCUGACUCUUUGGGCUCUUCCUCAGCAUUUAUUGCAAUGCUUUGCAUACUGCGCAAUAUUCCCCGAGGGGUAUGCAUUUAACAAAGAGAAGAUCAUUAAGAUGUGGAUGGCUGUUGGCCUUGUGAAGCCAUCUCCAGGAAACAAUAACCCGGAGGAUAUUGGUGCUGCUUACUUCCAUCAGUUGCUCUGCAGGUCAUUUUUCAUGUAUAUGACUCGCAAUGAAUAUGGUGAUACUGUGGAGUUCCAGAUUCCUGGAUUGAUCCAUGAUAUAGCAAAGGAUGUUGCUAGAGUUAUCUGCAAAAGGAAGCUAGGGGUAGUUGGUGCGAUUGAUGAAGAUGCCGGUCAACUCUCCCUCCUUUUACCAGCAGCCGGGGAGUAUGAUACAAAGCACCUGGGAACUCUUAUCUUAGCACCUACUAUAUAUUUGGGAGGCACUCUAGAUGGUUCACUUCUUGAAUUCAAGAAUUUGGAAUCACUUGAUCUGAGUUGCAGCAGCAUUCAAAAUUUGUCAGAUGAUAUAUUUGCAUUAAAGGAACUCAAGUACCUGAAUCUCUCUCAUACGUUCAUUGAAAAACUACCAGAUUCUAUCACAAACCUUUCCAGAUUACAAACACUAGAUCUAUCAUGGUGUCAUUUGCUCAAAAUUUUACCUAAGGGAAUGUGUGAUCUGAUGCGUCUGCGACAUUUAGAUAUUUUGCUGUGUGAUUCCUUGCUUGCCUUGCCAUCUGGAAUUGGCCUCCUUAUAUCUCUUAAUUUGAUGCCACUGUUUGUUUUGGGCAAAGAUGAUGAUUGUGCUCGCUUAGGAGAACUUAAGUGGUUAGACCAGCUCAGGGGCAGAUUAGAGAUCAGAAAUCUUGAGAAUGUAAGCGGGAUUAGAGAAGCUGAAAAUGCAAGGCUAGAUCGAAAGAAUCUUCACCAUUUGGGAUUAUCCUGGAGUCGCAAUUCUGAAAACUGUUUCAAGAUAUUGGAAUACUUGCAACCAAAUGAACAACUUAAAGUUCUUGAGUUAACAGGAUAUAUGGGCACUAAAUUUCCUAAUUGGAUGGCAUGCAUGUCUAAUCUGACCAAGAUUUCAAUUAAUGAUUGUGGAUGCGAGGAACUGCCAUCACUGGGUGCACUAAAGUUCCUCGUUGAGCUGCAGCUGAGAGGUAUGAUGAACAUUAAGAACAUUGGACCAGAAUUCUACGGAUAUGGAUCAGCUGAUGUUUUUCUGUCACUAGAACAACUUGGGCUUUAUGAUAUGCCCAGGUUGUCGAGGUGGUCACUUCCUAAGGUUUCUGGUGGGUCUGCAUUCCGUAGCCUGAAAACACUGACCAUUGAAGGUUGUCCUCAACUUGAAGUGUUGCCAUCUCUUCCCUCUCUACCCAACUUGAUUAUCUGGAAUACCAAUAGUCGCAUCUUUUAUUCCUUGUCUAACUUUCAAUCACUUGCCUCGCUUCUCAUCAAAGAAGUGGAACUCGCAUGGUUUCGAAUGAGAUUUCUAAUUAGGUUGAGUUCACUCAAGAAACUCAUACUCUUCUACCUCAAGGAUUCUGGAUAUUUUCCAAUUAUUGAGGAAUUAAGGACCGUUGAACAUUUGGGUAUUUUACACUGUAGUAACAUCACCGCUAUACAUUUGGGUUUACCUUCCCUGCGAAAGCUACAUAUCAUAGAAUGUGAAAAUUUACAGUACAUUACGUUGGCCCGAGCAUUCAACGCACCAGUGGAGUUGGCUAUUGAGGAUUGUCCUCAACUAAAAACUCUGUACUCAUAUGGGAGUACUUUCUAUAGCCUCAGGAAGUUAAUAAUUAAUAGGUGCCCCGUACUUUAUAUUUCCAAAGCUCAAUUCAAAAAGUUCCAUAAACUGGAAUACUUGUUCAUCAGCGAAUGUCGGCAUUUAGAAAUGCAAUUGGAGGAGGACCGUUCACUAAUAUCUCAUGUCCCUUUUGUCAUAUUGGGAAAAGCUGGUACAGGGUACGACUUCCAGGAAGGUCAGCCGCGUAUCCGCAAUACGGUUUUUGCUCACAGUGAGCUGGAACAGGAUGCGACUUCCAAGAAGGUCCGCGCGCAUCCAGAGUCGGAACGAUUUUUGCUCACAGAUCCAGAAGGAGAAAAAGGUGAGAAGAUGAAGAGACAGAUUGGUGCUGAGGGUACAGAGUUUGAAGCGAAGGGAAGACCAACGGGCUUCUCUGGAUGGCAUUCGUCUAUUAUGAAAAAAUGGAAGAAAAAUGAAGAAAAGAACCAAGAUGGAAAUUUGGACAUAUUUGAAGAAACACCUAGGCGUGCCAAUGCCUAUCUGAAAGAUUUUCGUCUGGAAAAGAAAAGACUCAAACUCGUUUAUUUGCAAGAAUUUGGAGCUGUUUGGACUACUUUUUUUAUGAAUGAUAAACACCUUUUGCUGGAGGAGUUUAUUUAGAAUAAUAAUUUUAUUUCUUUUAGUCUUUUAGUUCAAUUAGGAACCUACCUUUUUAAUUCUAGUAGAAUUAGGUAACUAGUUAGUAUAUAUAUAUGUGAUAUAAUUCACCAUAUGAACACCUUUGGACUUUUAAUCUCUCAUCUUUGGGAUAGUCUCUG